GGCAAGCGACAAUUGACCGACAUACUCCAGUUAAUCUUCUAGUGUUACGUGAUUCAAGUUUCAUCUGUGAAAUGAAAACCAGACUCAAUAUUUCUGGAUAUUACAAACAAUUGAUUUGCUGGUUGGUUGUUCUUCGGGUAUGUGGUUGCGAUGAGGUAUGCGACCGCCGACCGCUGGGAACCAAGACGGAGCCGCUACCACCUGACAACCGGUUCCAAAUUGAAAUCCUAGAUAUUUAUAAUAAUCAGUAUAUUCCAAACAAAAACUACACCGUGCGUUUAUUUUCAAUGGAUGGAGUAUCCACAUUCAUUGCUUUUACAAUAUCGGCGCGUGGCGACACUAAGCCAAACGAAAGGAAUCACCGAAAGCCAAUUCCACUGAGUCCGGGACAAAUACGACCCUAUCCCGACUCGCACGCCGUUUGGAGUUCUAUUUGUGAGAACACGGUUAUUCAAAAGGAUGUCACAGCAAAAACUUCUGUGCAGGUGGAAUGGCGAGCACCACCCAAAGACCAGAAAUGCGUGACGAUAUACGUAGUCCUGGCCGUUGUGCCGGACGUGUGGUACAACUAUGAGGGUCCUCUGUCAAAGCAGGUGUGUGAGGAUCGCCGCAACAUGGAGGACAUGCAACCCAUGGAGAAUGGCAACUGCGAAGUGUGCGAAGACGCACAGUACUUGCUGACUUUCGAAGGCAUUUGGUCUUGUCACACCCAUCCACUGCUCUUCCCAAAACACGAGCUUGCAGCGUCGCCUCACUUCAGCGACGUGGUAGGAGCUUCGCACAAUAAAAACUAUAACGUGUUCAAAGUCUACUCCGAUGCGAGUGAGGCGUUGAAAAUGUUGGCGGAACAAGGAAAUACAACCAAAUUGGAAAUGGAAAUGAUAAAUCUGGUUGGUGUCUCCGUCCGUACUGUGAUAAAAGCUUCAGGACAACCGCGACCAAACAUGGUGACGCACUCCAUAUUUCGCGUGAGCAGGGAGCAUCAUCUGGUGUCACUUGUCACGGCCAUAAUUCCAUCCCCUGACUGGUUCCUCGGUGUAUCCAAUAUGGAGCUGUGCGAGGUUAAUACCAACAAGUGGGCAACAAAUUUAACACUGAAUCUUUAUCCACUAGAUGCUGGAACUGAUAGUGGAAUAAAGUUUGACUCACCAAAUGAAGACACAAUGCCACCAAAGCCUAUAUCCUCGGCAGUGAUAAACAAAUCGGUAUCAAAAGAGCAGUUCAAACCGUUCGCCAGAUUACAUUUCAACCUCAUGAGGACGUACCCAACUAUUGAUUGUGAGACAUCCACGACCGUAUACGAGUUUACUGACAAUGAAGAAAAGCCAGAAGUGAGUAUCCACUAUGUACCAAGUGAAAUAUCGCCGACUACUGCACCGCCUCCAACUGAGGAAUUUUCUCCGGAUCCGGAUACCUCGGAAGAGUGCCCUAUGACAGCAUGGGAGGAGUGGGAACCAUGCGCGGGAGAAUGUAUUGACAACGUUUACAUCGGGUAUAAAACACGUUCUCGCUACUACUUGGUAGAUGGCGUAGCUGUCGGCAAGGAUCUAGAUGGUCCAGACGUUGAAGUCCCUGAAGAAUGCUUCAAUAAAUACUCAGACCACGAAACGGCACCGUGUGAAGAAGAAUGUGAGGAAGAAGAAACAGUAAUUCGUUAUAGCAACUAAUUUUAUUUAUAGUAAAUAAUAAAUAAAUCAUAUUUUUACAAUAGGUUACAGUUUAGUAAUAAAAUAUGUUUUUUAAAU